CUUCGGUCCUGUGAGCGCCGAGCGCUUGGAAGCGCUGCCAUGUGCCCCACGCAGGGAGAGCCUGCUCCGAGCCAUAAAUCUCCUUUUGCACUCUACUAUCACUGCGCUCAGAGAGUUCUUCAAGUCGUGGUUCCUCCUUUGCUUUCUCAGUGUUCAACCUAAUGAAUGCAAUCAUGGGCAGUGGGAUACUUGGCUUAUCCUAUGCUAUGGCCAACACGGGGAUCAUGGGCUUUAGUAUCUUGCUGCUGAUCGUUGCCAGCCUUGCUUCUUACUCUGUGUUUCUUCUGCUCAGUAUGUGCACUCAGACUGCUGCCACUUCUUAUGAAGACCUUGGCCUGUUUGCCUUUGGAUCAACUGGAAAGGUCCUGGUUGCAACUACAAUAAUUAUCCAGAAUAUUGGAGCCAUGUCGUCUUAUCUGUUAAUUGUGAAGUCUGAGCUUCCUGGGGCUGUUGCAGGGUUCUUGAGUGGAGCCGAGAGCGGGUCUUGGUACCUCGAUGGGAGGCUGCUGCUGCUCAUUACUUCAGUCUGCAUUGUUUUUCCUCUUGCCCUUCUUCCCAAAAUUGGCUUUCUUGGCUACACAAGUAGUUUAUCAUUUUUCUUUACGGUGUACUUUACUCUUGUGGUUAUGAUUAAAAAAUGGUCGAUCCCUUGUCCUCUACCUCUGACUAGUGCCAUAGAGGCUUUACAGGUUUCAAAUUCUACUGGGGAUUGUAAAGCAAAGCUCUUUCAUCUUUCAAAAGAGAGUGCUUAUGCAAUACCAACCAUGGCCUUCUCUUUUCUCUGCCAUACCUCAGUCUUACCCAUCUAUUGUGAGCUCCAAAGUCCAUCCAAAAGCAGAAUGCAGAACGUAACUGUCACAGGAAUUGGCCUGAGUUUCCUAAUUUACUUUGUGUCUGCUCUGUUUGGGUACCUGACAUUUUAUGACAAAGUGGACUCUGAAUUGCUGAGAGGUUACUCCAGGUACCUGCCCCACGAUAUGGUCAUCAUGACUGUUAAAGUAGCCAUCCUGUUUGCUGUGCUCUUGACAGUGCCUCUAAUCCAUUUCCCAGCAAGGAAGGCCGUGUUGAUGGUAUUUUUCUCUCAUCUUCCCGUGUCGUGGAUUUGCCAUAUCCUUGUCACUUUGACGCUGAAUACGGUUGUUGUUUUGUUUGCCAUGUACGUGCCAGACAUUAAAAAUGUGUUUGGAGUAGUAGGUUCAACCACAUCAACCUGUUUGCUUUUUGUAUAUCCUGGACUAUUUUAUCUCAAACUUAGCAGAGAGGACUUCGUAUCACCACAGAAACUCGGGGCGUGUGCCUUGGUUAUUUUUGGCAUUUGUGUCGGCCUUCUGAGUUUAGUUCUAAUAAUUUACAAUUGGAUUGAUCACUAGCAGCCUCCUGCCACACUGUCUGAACUGAGCCUCAGGAGGACAGCAGGAACGAGGGAUGUGGCAACACUACAGCAAUGAAGGCUGGACAUCCUAAGGAAACACUGACCAAAGCUGCCUGUGGAAGAAAUGAUGCUCUUUUCAACUGCAUUUGUGUUGGUCCUGCUUUAAUCUUCAGUCGCUCCCUUCAGUUACUGGACAAUUAGUUUUUGCCGUUCUGGAACAUUGUUUUUUAAUGACGUAACAGUGACAGGUGAAAAGGUCUCUCGAGAGUUUCUGCAAUGCAGAAAUGGUUGUGGGGCACAUAGUGAACAAAAGUAGAACUUUGAAAUAACUCCCCCUUUAAAGACAACGAGGUGAACAGGUAUUAUAUCAGUCAUUAUGUGCAUAUCAUGAUAUGUGCUGUUAGGAUAGUGCAUGUUAUCCUAAACUGUGCAAGACUUCCAUUGCUUGAAUCAUUUCCAAAACUUCAGCCAGUUCAUAGUAAGAACUGUCUGGUUCCAAGUGUUUACGCUAAUUUAUCCUAAGAUGGAUCCAGAAACCAGCUGCCUUAGCCCAGUUUAAUGGGCAUGUCAUAAUAAUAUUUGUUAAUUGCUUUUUGAAAUACAGUUUUUAUGUGUCAGCACUCUUGAAUCGUAAUGAUGCAACUGUUAAAUUAGCAGGCUUUGCCUAUUGAGCAUAAUAGCUUUUAGUAGCAUUAGGAAGUACUUUCAUUUUGCAGUUAAUAAUAGACAUUUUUCAAUUAGUGUCUGCUUUUGAAUACUACUCAGUAUUACUCCCAGUGAAAGACUUUCUUCUUUUUCCCUCUCAUUCCCAUUUUUACAAGUGUUACAGGUUUGAACUAGAGUGUUUCCAUAUUUUAUGUUCUGUUGUGUGUCAGAGAAGGUUUGGGCUUGGAAGGUGAAAAUCUCUCUCUGAAGACGAAUAGG